UAAAUAAAAAGAAGCACUAAAUUUAAAGCUUCCUGCCAAUGUGGAAGAUAUUAAGGCGGCAUAUGGUAUUGUUGUAUAGUGGAAACAAGCAAACACACACGUUUAAAGGAAACAUUUUAAUUUUGUAUCCAUGUUUUGUCACAUUUGUUUGAUUUUUGUUUUGUAAUGAAAUUUUUGCCCGGAAGUCUCCAAGACGAGAAAUUUGUGACUGCUGUAGAGAAUUGCUCCUUUACGGCUGUGUUCAUGCUGACAUGUGAGAUAAAAGCAGUGAGGAAAUAAUUUUAGAGGAAGACAUGAAGACACAUCUACUCCUCAGCCAUCUGGAAAGUGACAUGCGCUGCCCGCUGUGUUCUUUGUCUGGAGUAUCCUACGAUGAACUUUGCAACCAUAUUAAUUCUGCACAUCCAGAUGAGCAGCACACAGCCCAAAUUUCAUCUCAUUCCAUUUCCCUUUGUCCUUCUACAACUAGCACUAGUUUGACAGAGAUUGAAGAUCCCCAGACUACAGGCAGCAGUGGUACAGAUUUCAAAGCAAACCCCUGUGGAUCAUCAAGUGACUCAUUUCCUCUUCAACUGAGAUUUGAUGCCAUGUCGACACAAAGUAAAGGGGUUUUAACAUCUGAGGGGAUUUCAGCUAUCUCAUCAUCAUCUGUAAGUCCCAAAAGAAAGCGUGGUCUUGGGACGUCCGUUCCUGUUCUGGCAAAUACUGGAUAUUUAUCUGAGCAGAACAAUCUCAAACAGAAGCGCCUAGCUUCUCCAAAGAACGGGCUGUUCUGUUGCCCCAUGUGUGCACAAAACUUCAGCAGCAGCAGCAUCCUGCAGGAGCAUGUUGAGAUACACCUGCAGGAACACCACUCUGCUCAAGGAGAGGAGAAACUUGAGUGCCCUAUGUGUCCAGUUGUUUGCACCGAUAGCGUCUCUCUGCAGCAGCAUGUUGAAAUUCAUCUUGACAAUGGAGCAGGGAGCUCUGAUUCAGAUGCAAGACUGGCCUGGCGACUACAGCAGGAAAUGGAGAAGAAGAGGCGGGAGGAGGAGAAACGACUGGAGAAAGAACAGUUUAAGAAGUUGCAGAAGCAGUUUGGUCUGGAUGGAAGUGGCGGCUAUCGCACACAGAUGGAGAAGACCAUGGAGAGAGAUGUGGCCAGGGGCAUCAUGGCCCCCGCAGAGUAUCACUAUAAGAGGGUGGAGAUGAUGGAGUCUCUUGCCUCAGGAGUUGAUGACGGCAGAACCAGAACUCAGGGUGUCAUUGGAGCCUUGUGCCAGUACUAUCAAACCGAGUGCAGAGACUGUGUGCAUGUGUGGCUGAGCGCUGACACUGAUCACUAUUGCUCCUCUCUGGGAGACAAAGGCUGGGGCUGUGGUUACAGAAACUUCCAGAUGCUGCUCUCCUCUCUUUUCAGACUAGAUACAUAUGCUUCCUCUUUUCAAGACAAUGCAGUGCCAAGUAUCCCACGUGUGCAGAGUAUGAUUGAGGAUGCGUGGAAAUUAGGACUGGAUCCUCAAGGUGCAUCUCAUUUUAACAGUCAGCUACAGGGAACACGAGGUUGGAUUGGCGCCACAGAGAUCUACGUCCUCCUCACUUCUCUAGGAAUCAGCGGCUGCAUCAUUGACUUCCACCAGCCAACAGGCCCAGGAGGCACCCAUCCCCGGCUCUUUGAGUGGGUCAAACACUACUUCAGUCGGUCCAGCAGCACUAGCAGAUUGCCUCUAAGACUAAACCAGACCUCGCUGCCGCCACUAUACCUGCAGCAUCAAGGGCAUAGUCGCUCCAUAGUGGGUGUGGAGCAGCGGAAGAAUGGAAGCCUGUGCCUUCUGCUUUUUGAUCCUGGUUCAUCGUCGUCAGACACCAUGAAGUUAAUGCGUAGAGACACUGCAUCCGUAGCAGUCCGGCAUAUCCGAAAGCUUCCUGGCAGCCUGAAACAUAAACAGUACCAGGUUGUGGGAGUCGAUGGUCUGUUGUCCGCUGAAGAGAAACAGAUCCGCAUCUUGAACUCCAGAACUCUGUGUGCUGAAAGGAUCCCAUGAACUAAAACUUCAUAUCUCUUAAUUUUCGUUUUUAAUGUGAAUAUUCAUCAUUUCAUCAUGUACAGUAUGCUGCAGUUGUUUGCUAAUAAAGGUUCAAAAUUAGGCACCGAUAGUGGGGGAGUUCACUCGCCUAACUUCUGUGCAGGCAGCACCGGUUCCGUUCUCAAUUCACCACUCAGACAGCACAAGGCAGUCAGAUGACCGCACACAAAGCUUCUGCGUGCCAAUCAAAAUGACUCAUUUUGGGGGGAGAAAAACAGCCGGGGCGAGUGGUUACUUUACAGACUCUGAAAAACAACAGCUUUUAAUCUUCUAUCCAUCCAUUGAUUUUUCUGAGCCGCUUAUCCUCACAAGGGGCACGGGAGUGCUGGAGCCAUCAUUGAUACCCUCCAUAGGAUGGGUAAGUGUUGGAUUUAUCUUACCAAACAUUAUAAUGAAUAAACACAAAAGGAAUGAAGACGCUGGUCAUUUUACUCAUGAGGAGGGCGCAUGGGAGAUUGUUCAGGUUACAGCCUCUCAACACGCUCCAAACAAUCUCCCCCGUCGCUCCUACAUUUAUUUGAAAAUAGGAGGGUUUUACAAGACAUAAUGUUCUAAGCAUUAAGACACAACACAAAACAUAGGACCAGACGACACCUGUCCCGUCCCCGACCACAUCCGAUCACGUCCUUGGUCAAGGCGCCCUUCCAUCGGAUGUUGCUGAGUCAUCUUCUUGAAGGCGAGACAUAUUUCUAUCUAAAUAUUGUCCAUAAUACUAAUGCAAGCUACAAUGCAAAAUACUAAUGCAAGCUAAGCAAAUAAAUGAGAACUUCUAAAAUAUAUCUAACAGUAAGCCACAAAAGUUCAUAGCUAAGGAGGCCGGCUGUUCACAGAGAGCUGUGCCCAAGCAUAUCAAUGGAAAGUCUAGUGGAAGGACAAAAAGUGGCAGGAGAAGAUGCACCAGCAAAAGAAAUGACCGUGGGCUUAAGCGGAUUAUCAAACAGAAGAUUCAAGAAUCUAGCAGAGAUCCAGAAAGUGUGGAAUGAGGCACGAGUCACGGCUUCAAAAACCACCACAUUCAGCCGCCUCCGGGAGAUGGGCUACAACUGUCGGGUUCCUCGGGUCAAGCCACUUCUGAGCCUGAGUCGACGUAGGAAGCGUCUCAACUGGGCCAAGGAGAAGAAGGACUGGACUGUUGGCCAGUGGGCCAAGGUCCUCUUUUCCGAUAAAAGUGUGCCAUUCAUUCGGGAAUCAAGAUCCAAGACGGGUGAAGAACAAGCCAACCUGCUUGAGGUCCAGUGUGAAAUAUCCACAGUCAGUCAUGAUUUGGGGUGCAAUGUCCAGUGCAGGUGUUGGUAAACUCUUACUUUCUGAAAUCCAAGGUCAGCGCAACAGUCUACCAGAAUAUUUAGAGGACUUCAUGAUUCAUUCUGCUGAGGAUCUGUAUGGAGAUGCAGAUUUCAUCUUCCAGCAGGACCUGGCCCCUGCUCAUACCGCCAGAAACACCAAAACCUGGUUUGAUGCCCAUGCCAUCACAGAGCUUGACUGGCCAGCUAACACGCCAGAUCUAAACCCCAUUGAGAAUCAUUGGGGCAUUAUCAAGAGGGAAAUGAGCGGCACCAGAUCCACAAACAAAGAAGAAGUGACAGUAAGCAUCAAGGAAAUAAUUCCAUAACUUCCAGGCAAUGCCACAGGCUGAUUGCCUCAAUGCCACGGCGCAUCGAGGCAGUGAUUAAAGCUAAAUGACUCCACACCAAAUAUUGAAGAUUAACAUAUCAUUUUGAAAGUACAAAAUUAUGUAAAAAAAAUAAAAUAAUAAUAAACAAAUACUUGAAAUUGUUUAGAUUGUGGGCCCUGAAUCUAUAAUCUAUGA